GAGUUGUUCCACAGUGCAUCAGUGCAAGUGACUGCUUUACUUCUGAGUGACUUUACAGGUGCUUGCCUGCAUUGCAAUAAGACUCAUAUAUUGAGCAGGACAUUAUUUAUCUCUUCAUCUUGGAGAGCCUGAUAAACUGUUAUUACAGUUUCUGUACUCACUUUCAAAGUUUUGAAGUCAAGAAAGACAUCUUUAUAAAGCAGAACAUGAGUACAGCCAGAACAGAGAACCCUGUUAUAAUGGGUCUCUCCAGUCAAAAUGGACAGUUGAGGGGCCCUGUAAAACCCAGCGGUGGUCCAGGAGGCGGGGGAACACAGGCACAGCAGCAGAUAAACCAGCUGAAACAUCCCAACACAAUCAACAACGGCACUCAGCAGCAAGCCCAGGGUAUGCCCUCCACUCUCAAACCUGGCGACGACUGGAAGAAGACUUUGAAACUCCCUCCAAAAGAUCUGCGGAUCAAAACUUCGGAUGUGACUUCCACUAAAGGAAAUGAGUUUGAAGAUUACUGUCUGAAACGGGAGCUGCUGAUGGGAAUUUUUGAAAUGGGCUGGGAAAAGCCAUCUCCUAUUCAGGAGGAGAGCAUUCCUAUUGCUCUGUCUGGGAGGGACAUCUUGGCGAGAGCAAAGAAUGGAACUGGCAAGAGUGGUGCCUACCUCAUUCCCUUACUUGAACGACUUGACUUAAAGAAGGACAACAUACAGGCAAUGGUGAUUGUUCCCACGCGAGAGCUGGCCCUUCAGGUCAGUCAGAUCUGCAUCCAGGUCAGCAAACACAUGGGAGGGGCCAAAGUGAUGGCAACCACAGGAGGAACCAACCUGCGUGACGACAUAAUGAGGCUUGAUGAUACAGUACAUGUGGUGAUAGCUACACCAGGGAGGAUUCUGGACCUUAUCAAGAAAGGAGUAGCAAAAGUGGACCAUGUCCAGAUGAUUGUUCUAGAUGAGGCGGACAAGUUGUUGUCCCAAGAUUUUGUUCAGAUAAUGGAGGACAUCAUUCUCACGCUACCUAAGAACAGGCAGAUCUUGCUAUACUCGGCCACUUUCCCUCUAAGUGUUCAAAAGUUUAUGAAUUCCCACUUGCAGAAACCCUAUGAGAUUAACUUGAUGGAGGAGCUAACACUGAAGGGAGUGACCCAGUACUAUGCCUAUGUGACUGAGCGCCAGAAAGUGCAUUGCCUCAACACGUUAUUCUCCAGGCUCCAAAUUAACCAAUCGAUCAUUUUCUGCAACUCCUCCCAACGGGUUGAACUGCUAGCCAAGAAAAUUUCCCAGCUGGGCUAUUCAUGCUUCUACAUUCACGCUAAGAUGAGGCAGGAGCACCGCAAUCGAGUGUUCCACGAUUUCCGGAAUGGCUUAUGCCGCAAUCUUGUUUGCACUGAUCUGUUUACCCGAGGUAUUGAUAUCCAAGCUGUGAAUGUGGUGAUAAACUUUGAUUUUCCAAAGCUGGCAGAGACAUAUCUCCACCGUAUUGGCAGGUCAGGUCGGUUUGGCCACCUUGGUCUGGCCAUCAACUUGAUCACCUAUGAUGAUCGAUUCAACCUGAAAAGUAUUGAAGAGCAGCUGGGGACAGAAAUCAAGCCCAUCCCCAGUAACAUUGACAAGAGCCUGUAUGUGGCAGAAUACCACAGUGAGCCUGUAGAAGAGGAGAAACCUUAACUGCUGCGCUUUGCUCAAGCACAGAAGCUGAAGCCCGUUGAUCCAGAUAUGUGACACGCUGUUUCUUUGGGGAUGCCCUUCUCUUUAUGACUUUUUCAUCUUUUCAUUUUGGAUCUAUGAAGAUUAAAGAGCUUUUUUUUUCUUUUUCCCUUUUAAAAAAAUUCUGGCUGUGAGGAAGAAAGCAGAAGAUAGGAAGGAAAUACCUUUUUUGUUUUCCCACUUGUUUGCACUGUGUGCUGACUGAAAUUAGUUGCACUAACUGCUGGUUUUAAUUUCUUUCUUUGUGGAGAAGAAGAACUCUGAAAAGAGAAGACUCCUAAACACAAGCUUGACUGCCGUUUCCAGUUCCCCUCCAGCCGCCCGAUUGAGUGCAUUUCAGCUUCUCCCGGCUCCUCAUCCGUCUUCAAGCUAAAGAGCUUAUUCCUUAUUUGUGCAAAGUGCCUUAUGCUAUGAGACCCUUCAGAAUAUCACCUUUCAGACACAGCCCAAGGAGUCAUUUUGGUUCA